CUCUUCCUCCUCCAUUCUCCUCCUCCCUCUCCGUGCCGUGCGCUCUGGUCCUCCUCUGCGCGCUCUGUGUCUUCGCCUCCGACAGACUGCGACGGAGCGCUGGAUCACGAAAAGUUUGGCGAAUCGGUUUAGAGGUGCCGGGCUCGGGGCCGGAGAGGUUCGGUGUUUGUUUCUGGGGGUGUUGUGUGUGUUUUUUAAUUAUUAGUUUUUUUGAAGUUUAGCCAUGGAGACUCUCAGAGGUCUCCUCGCGCUGUUGUGCGUUCUCCUGGCUGGAGCGCAAAACCAGAACCAGCUGGGAGGCAAGUUUGCGGACUGUCCUGUUGACCUUUUCUUUGUGCUGGAUACAUCUGAGAGUGUCGCCCUCAGACAGAAACCUCCCAGCUUUUAUAUCGACCAGAUCAAAACAUUCACCAAUGACUUCAUAGAUGAACUCAAGGACAUGCGCCACCGAUGUGACCGCACCCUGACGUGGAACUCAGGAGCUUUGCACUACAGUGACGAUAUCAAACUUGUGUUCGAACUGAGCGACAUGAGGACUAAACGCAAUGACAUGAAGGCCGCCGUCAAGAAAAUCGACUACAUUGGCAAGGGCACAUAUACUGACUGCGCCAUCAAGAGGGGCCUCGCUGAGCUGCUCAUUGCGGGCUCCCACUACCAUGAGAACAAAUACAUUGUGGUGGUGACUGAUGGUCAUCCUAUCACUGGUUACAAAGAGCCAUGUGGAGGUGUGCAGGAAGCUGCGAAUGAAGCCAGGCAACAUGGAGUCAAAGUGUUCGCAGUCGCCAUCUCACCUGACCAGGAGGACACCAGACUUUCACUCAUUGCCACAGACCAGACCUACAGACAGAAUUUCACUGCUGCAGACGACGCCCGAUCCACCAAGAUGGAAACCAUUCGCACCAUCAUUGACAUGAUCACAAACGCAACGAAGGAUGCGUGUUGCUCUUUCGACUGCCAUGCUCCAGGAGGGCCUAAAGGACCAGACGGAGACAUCGGUGCUAAGGGAGAAACAGGAAGACCAGGGAUGCCAGGAGAGAAAGGAGAUGUCGGCGACAUGGGCAGUAUCGGAGAUCCUGGUCCCGUUGGUUACAGUGGAAUGAAGGGAGACCGUGGAGGCAGAGGAGAGAAGGGUGACAGAGGACACAAAGGCUACAAGGGAGACAAAGGUCAAAGAGGAAAUGAUGGAAUCGAUGGACGCAAGGGUGAAGAUGGUUUCCCCGGUCUUCCCGGCUGUAAAGGAUCUCCCGGAUCAGACGGCAUGCAGGGAGACCCUGGACCAAAGGGAGACCCUGGUCCUUACGGACAGAAAGGAGAAAAAGGAGAUCCCGGAAAUGACGGUGAUCCAGGAAGGCCUGGAAACUACGGCCCACUGGGACCUCAGGGUGAGCGGGGCCCUCGCGGAAACAACGGGGACAAAGGAGAACGCGGUGAUGAUGGCGCACCAGGACCGGAUGGAGAUCGCGGCGAGGGAGGACAAGUUGGAGAGAAGGGUGAGCAAGGUUCCCGCGGAAACAGAGGUCCAAGAGGAGAGCCGGGAGAUCCAGGACCCCGUGGAGAGCAGGGGAGGGAGGGCUCAACUGGCCCCAACGGAGAACCUGGCGAGCCUGGCAGAGCUGGGUCUCCUGGCUACAGAGGAGAUGAAGGACCACCUGGACCAGAAGGACCCAAAGGACCGAGAGGAAUCAAAGGAGCUCCGGGAGACAGAGGCCAGAUGGGGGAGAGGGGAGUAGAUGGUGCGCCAGGAAAUGGUACCGCAGGCUGUCCUGGUUUCCAGGGUUAUCCUGGACCCCGCGGAGACCCUGGUGAGCCGGGUGGUAAAGGAACUCCUGGACCCAAAGGAGACGACGGAGAUCCCGGAGAUCCAGGCGAAGAUAACAACCAGCCAGGACCUGAAGGACCUAAAGGGCCCAAAGGUCACAGAGGACCUGAGGGCAAGCCGGGACCUCCUGGGCCUCCUGGACCACCAGGAACUGAUGAAUGUGAAAUUCUGGAUAUCAUCAUGAAGCUCUGCUCUUGUUGUGAGUGCAAGUGUGCGCCCAUGGACCUGUCGUUCAUUGUGGACAGCUCAGAGAGUAUCGGUGAUACAAACUUUGCUCUCUCCAAAGACUUCAUCAUCGCAGUCAUAGACAGACUGACCAAAGACCAGCAGCUCAAGUUUUCAGGUAAUGACUCCGGGCUGAGUGUGGUACAGUACAGUGGAUCCAAAGCACAGGAAAAAAUCCGACUGGGCGUCGAAGCUGCCACCCUCAACGAAUUCAAACAGAAAGUGAGAGAGUUGCGCUGGCUGGCUGAGGCUACCUACACAGGCGAGGCCCUCGAAUAUUCCCUGGACAACACAAUCAAACUGAUGACGCAUGACAACAAAGUUGUGAUUGUUCUCACAGACGGACGUUCUGAUAUUAACAGGGACAAGGUUCCCCUCAAUGUACUCUGUGGUAAAGACCUCCGGGUGGGCGGUAUAGGAGUGAAGGACUACUCAGGCCGUGAACCCAACCAAGAGCAGCUCGGAGAGUUGGUUUGUAAGAGUGACCCUAAACCAGGCUUUCCAAUUGUGCUGGACAACUAUGCCCAGCUGCUGGAGGACUCUUUCCUGCAGAACCUCACAUCCAACAUCUGUCAAGAAAAGAAAUGCCCAGACUACAAAUGUCCCAUCACUUUCACUGAAGGUGCCGAUAUUUUGAUGAUGAUGGACAGCUCCGCCAGUGUGGGCCAGAAGAACUUUGAAACAAGCAAGGUCUUUGUCGAACGCUUGGCCGAGCGUUUCCUGUCUGCCAAGAAGGCGGGUGGUGCCACUGUCAGAGUAGGUCUGGCCCAGUACAGCCGAAACGCCGCAUGGGAGCAGGAGAUGACUACCGACCUGACCCUGCUGAUCAAUAAGACAAGAGAUGUGGCCUUCCAAAAUGACGGCACCAACGUGCUGGAGGCCAUGGACUUUGCCAUUAAGAAUUUACGUGGCCGCCGUGGUCGUGACCGUGGGGACACAUCGGGAGACAAGAGGAAGCUGGUGCUGUUCUCUGACGGCAGGUCUCAGGCCAUCACCCCGGCCCAGCUGCAAAAGCGCGUUACUGAUGUGGCGGAUGCCGGCUUGGAGCUCUUUGUCAUCGCUGUUGGCAGCCAAGUCAACGAGGCCAACCUCCGCACGCUGGUGAGCAGGGGGCGGCCGGACGACAUCUCCUACGCACAGCGCCACCUGUUCCGUGUCCCAGACUACGCCUCUCUGCUCCGCGGGGUCUUCCACCAAACCGUCUCCCGCAGGGUGGCCAUGCCCUGAGCGCGGGGAGAGCGAACAACAGGACCAACACGCUUUAGAUUUUUAGUCCCAAUAUGAAUAAUCAGUCUCACUCAUUUACCAAACACUGUGUUCGAGUUCUUAAAAAAAAAAAAUGUCACAAAACGACAAAUGAUUGUGUGGCAGACAAAUGGAAAUGUCUUCAGUUCCCCAGGGACUUUUUUACCCUGAGCUCAGCAUCCAAGGCAGACUAUCUCAGGCUGUGUACGAUUUCCACCUCCUAUUCUGGGACCAUUAAACUAUAACCAAAGUGAUGGUGCUAACCUGAACCGUGUCAGAGAUGUAGAGCUUGUUGUGACAGUACACAACUAGCAGGAACUGCUGCCUGGCAAGCAAAGCGCAGGGUACAAAAGUCCCAUUUCAAAUGGGUUGCCUCGGUCCUGGAGAGCCACCAGUAGUCGCCACAACUUCAAUAAACUUCUAGCUUUUAAAUGCAUUGGGCUGAUUUGUACUCAGGUAUUCUGCAUCACUUUCAGCUAGUCUGGACCCUCGACUAACUUCAGCUAACGUGUGUGGGUUGAAAACAGCUCAUUGGUAGCUCUCCAGGACCGAAGCUCCUGCCAUUUGAAGGGUUUGUGUUUAAGGUUUAAUGUGGACUCAUUUUGUAGCUCUUACCACUCUUUCAAGUGGUGUCGAAUUUGUGGUGUUACAACGUAAGCAAACCAAAGAACGUACAAAAACUGCUACCUUUAAUGCAGAUGUCCAAUCAGUGUUGAUAAUGUCAUCUACUGAAGCAAUAACUCUGUCAGUGUGCGCUUUAUUGAUAGACAAGCUGUUGUUUUUCUGCAUUUGGAGCCAUGCUUACAUGCACCAGGAUAUAUGCCAUUGCGAUAUUUGUGCGCACCGAAACACCUGUUAAUGUACAAACCUUUCAUUAUGUUUAAAAAUCCAUGUGCUUCUUCUUCCAACCAGAAAUGUGGACUUUUCUUUUGCAUCUCAAAAACUGUUGGUGAGUUGGUUUGUGCACGAUGUACAGAGCCGACCGUAACUAGGCGAGACGCAUAUUUCGAAUGUGCUGUAUUCAGUCCAAAUGCUCCUAAACCUGAGUAAUAUCGGCACAUCCCACCUGUCUUACACAGAAAAUGUGACACUCAGAAAAAGGCCUUGUUUUGAAAAUCCAAAUGGAAUAUGCUGUUUACAUGACCCAUAUCAAAUCCGAAAUAUUGUCUUAUUCGUAAAAAGAAAUAGUGGAAUAUUAGUGUGCAUGUAAAGGUAGUCACUGUCACGUCAAAUGGCGGCGCUGGAAGCACAAAGAACAACAGAUUUAUAGCUGCAAACUCAGCCCUCUCAUUCAACACAGCAAGCAGUGAGGAAUUUAUUCCCUCAGUUGACUCCAUUUAUCACCAACACUAAUUACACGUCCACAUAAAAGGUGGCAUAUUCUCCCUUUAAUUUGGACGGCUGGCUCAUGAUUGGCCAGUCAGCUUUAUUUUAGGUGUAGCCACUAUAAAUCAUAUUAAAAUGGUCAGCUGGAAACUUUUCCAACGUGUUGAAAACUCACACCCGACAUCACUUGAAAGCUCUGUUAGAAACAGGAUAUGACAUCAGGCAGACUCCUAAACAAAACCAUCAGCACUUCACCUGGUACUAAUGAGGACACGACAGCUGGACUCAACAUGUGUGAUUCUGCCCGGGUGUGUGUGUGUGUGUCUGUUUGUGUGUGUGAGUGUCAGCACAUCAAUUACAUGUGUAUGUGUGAGGAGGUGAUUCUUUAUGUGUAGCCUUGGGCUGUUCUCUAAACAGUUGUGCUCGGGUCACUGGCUCAUAUGACAGAAACCUGUUCCUCUUUGGCCUCUGUCAAACACACACACACACACACACACACACACACACACCUACCUUCGUGCUUCAUCAGUGAGGUAGGAAAACAUCUGUCAGGGUUGAAGGCUGGAAAAGAAACCUAAUGGGACUCAUGCCCAUCACACCCACAUCCACACACAGAAGACAGUUUGUACCUUUUAGCUCAGCUGUAAUUUCCACACCUUCAGUUUCGCUGUCAUCAGUGACCCAGAAUCACUGUGCUAUUGAUAUUAUCUGUGGUGCUAUUAGUCUCAGUGUAUCAGUCUCUACCCAUGUUGUUAAAGAAGAUAUUUUUACCUGAGGGUGCAAAACCUCAGUAGUUUUGUAAGAGCUCCUUCAAUAAAGGUUGCUACACCACA